AUGGGUGCCUCUAUUAUGGGAUUUGAGUACAUGAGAAAAGUUGUAGUUGUCAAUGGAACCCAUUUGAGAGGAAAAUAUGCAGGGUGUCUUCUAACUGCUUCUGCCCAAGACGGCAAUUACCAAGUGUUUCCACUAGCCAUUGCUAUCGUCGACGGAGAAAAUGAUAACUCGUGGGAGUGGUUCUUCAAAAAGUUACAAGCAUUCGUUCCAAAUACAAACAAUAUCGUGUUUGUAUCUUAUAGACAUGCAUCCAUCUAUUACUGUUUGGCCAAGGUUUAUUCAGAAGCUAAACGCUGUGCAUGCAUCAUUCAUUUAAAGAGAAAUAUCAGGACUUAUUACAAAGAUAAGAAUCUAGGAUUCUUGGUUGCAAAGGCUGGAAGGGCAUAUAGGUUGGCUGACUUCUACAAGGUUUUCAAUGAGAUAAAACAUCUCAAUGCCUCUUGUGCAGAUUAUCUAAUCGGAAUAGGGUCUGAGCAUUGGGCAUGUUUCCAUUUCCCCGAAUGUCGUUACAAUAUUAUGACGAGUAACGUUGUGGAAUCGUGGAAUGUAGUGCUUCGUGAGACCAGAGAAUACCCUAUAUUGGCCCUUGUAGAAUUUAUUAGGGCAAAGAUGAUGUCUUGGUUUUCUACUAGGGGCUCAACAAUCUCAGAAAGUUUAGAUAAUUUCACACCUAAAGUAAUGGAAAUUCUCGCUGUUAAUUUCGAGUCUUCGGCAGUUGUUUUGAGUUUCAACUCCUCGAAAUUUCUUGUCAACAUGCAAUAG